AUGGCGGGAGUUGUCGCGAAAAUUUCAAAGUUGUUUUCCAUAAUUAAGCAAAAUGGUGGCAUUCGAGGUUCAAUUGUGACGCUUUUUAGGACUGACGAGCUUAAGGAUGGUACUCUUGUUGGUGAGGACUAUUUAGGAAAUAAGUACUAUGAGAACAAUCGGUACUUUCUCGGACGCAACCGCUGGGUUGUGUAUGGUAAUCGUUUUGGGUGGGACUACGAGGCAUCUCAAAUGGAUGACGUGAGGCUUCCUCCCUCCGUUUUUCAAACCAUUGUCACACACGCGCUUACUCAUGAGAGGGAGGAAGUUGCCGGUCUCUUGGCUGUUGAAGUGCUUGAGUCACACCUUCAAAUUUAUGCAGCCAUUCCUCUGCCUAGAAGUGUACAGAAGUCGGAUAGAGUAGAAAUCUCCCCGGAGGAUAUGUCCAUAGGAGCCACUAAAUGUGAGGAACUUGAGAAGAGUCUAGGGAGAAAGCUUUCUGUUCUCGGGUGGUAUCAUUCCCAUCCUCAUAUCACCCCUCAUCCAAGCGCGAUCGAUAAGGAGAUGCAAGGGGAAUUACAAAAGUUGGACUCGAAAUUUUUUGGCAUUAUUGUAUCUGUAUUUGUUUCCGAACGUGAUAAAAAGGAACAGGUGAUCAGUUUCAUCGGUUUUCGAAAAGAAGAUCGUCCCAUCAAGGUUACGAUUGAGCCACUGUCUGCCGAAAUCGUAUCCCCAAUUGCCCACUUCAAGGCUUGUUUGGAUAUGUGGCGAUCAAUUCCCAGCGCAGUGUUUGAGGAAAUAGCCAGGCAAGACGAUGGCUGUCAACGUUUGCUGAAGACGCGUGAUGUUGUGAACGACGUUAUUUUUCCUAUGACAACGUCCACCAAGUACCUCGACAGUGCCCUUCAUCUUCCAGGGAAAACCAACACUCAGUGUACUUCUACUACAGCUACUUUAUUACGGUAA